UGAGUUCAAAACACAGAAAGAUGUGAACGAAACGGACGAAUUAUGGAUUGCAAAAGGAACUUCCUUGCUUAUUUGGCAUUGUUCUUUCACCUAGUCAGUAAUUAUUGUUUAAUUCGUGUGCAAUGUGUGGACGCGCCCUUUAUACACAUUCCGGGCAACGGAGUUAUAUCCGGAACGUAUUUGAAAAUGUUCCGAACGCAGAAUAUUAAAGCAUACCUUGGCAUUCGGUACGCACAUGCCAGGAGAUUCCAACCUCCGGAUAUCGAACUAACACCGUGGAAGGGGAUUUUCAACGCGACCGUUUUUCAACCGGACUGUUGGCAGAACCCCAUGCCUUCUGUGGGCAAAGAAACCGAACAAAUCCUAAAAAUCAUAUCUUCCGAUUCGAAUUCCGAGGAUGGUGGCAGAAAAUACGAGGAGAACUGCUUGUAUCUAAACGUUUUUGUACCUGAUGGAUUGCCUGAGAUCAAUGGAUAUGCCGUCGUUGUGUGGAUCCACUCUGGCGAUUUCUCCACUGGCAGCCCGGCGGAUGUGGAACCCUUUCAAUUGGUGUUCAAGCAGAAGGUGAUUGUGGUGACCUUUUCGUAUCGGCUGAAUAUCUUUGGAUUUUUCACCACCGACGACGGCGAGGCCCAGGGAAACUAUGGCCUGAUGGACCAGUCGGCGGCACUUUAUUGGGUCAAGAAGAAUAUCAACUUUUUCGGAGGCGACUCCAAUCGGAUCACCCUGAUGGGACACGAUGCGGGGGCUGUGAGUGUGGCCCUGCACAUGACGUCGGGUGAGUGGUCGAAGGGGGGCUUCCACAAGGCCAUCAUAAUGUCGGGGAAUCCCCUGAGUCCCGUCAAAAUGCCCUACGAGUAUGAGGGAUCGCUGGACCAGGUAUCCAGCACUUUUGGCUGUCCGCGAAAACCAACUUCGGUGUUUAUUCAGUGCCUCAAGAGACUCGAUGCAAAGAGGCUUUCGGAAAACCUGCCCUCGGUGAGUUGGGGUCCUGUUGUGGACUUCGGCUUGAGCAACACCUCGUAUCCCUUCAUCGAGAAUCAGCCGGAGAUUCUGUUCAAGAAGGGGAGCUAUCACCGUGUGCCCGUCAUCAUAGGCGUAACCGACAUGGAGGAGGUGCUCACUUUGUUCAAGGACAACCUCGAUACGGAUAUAAGCGCUUCGGAUCUGGAGGGUUUCUACAACGACAUCGCCGUCAACGACAUGCACAAACUUGUCCGAAACUAUGAGUGGUGCUCGAACUACGAGUUGAUAUCCGACGCUAUUAACUUUAUGUACGCCAACGACUCGGACACGGAUGUGAAAAAGGCCAAUAAACACAUUAUAAGUGCCCACACCGAAAAGUUCUACAUCACGCCGAUGCAAACGUUCGCCGAUUUGCUGAGCAACGACAGUCAAGUCUACAGCUACCUGUUCAGGAUGCGACCGCGAUCGGUGCUCCAGGAUCUUCCCAGUUGGAUAAGUGUGCCCAAGUACUUCGACCAGGUGUUCGUCUGGGGCAAUCCCUAUAUGACCAACGCCGUGGAUUGGCAGUCGACCGACAAGAAAAUCGCCGAUAUUAUCAUGACCUUGUGGGCGAACUUCGCCAAGACCUCGAAUCCCACGAAAUCGAAUGUGUACGUCAAGUGGAACGCCAUGACCCCCAACAAUGACUCAGUGCUUCUCAUCGACCAGAGCUUCAACACGGACAACUUGCUCAACAAUCAGCGGAUUAACUUUUGGAAAUCACUGUACCCCAAAAUCCUCGUCUUCUCCGCCGAAUGUUGCAACUCCACAUUCUCGGGCAGCGCCUUAGUGAUCGCUUCCACUUCCUUCCCCAUACUAUUGUGUACCCUUAGCAUUAUCGUUAAUAUAUUUUGAAUAAAGAACUCCUGCAAAUAGAUACCGCUUGGACCCUCUGUCAGUAAUCUGUCCUACCGUUACUUAUAUUAAUAAAUACUUGAAAACAACAGAA